UCUCAAUGGAUUUGCGUUUCCACGAAGGAGGAGGAGGCAGCGUUUGGCAGAAAUGCUCUAGACACCGUUUCGUCUGCGGUGGAGGCGGCGUUUGUCCUUACUGCCUCCACGAACGUCUCUCUUCACUCUGCCCUGACUGCGCACGCGAUCUCCCAUGUUCCUGUACCCCACGCGCCUCCCUCGACGUUGAUGUUCCCUUUACUGAUAUCGGUUCCGUUGGCCGCGUCUCCAACCUGAUUGAUUGCGAACCGGCGUUUAGGAGAUCGACAUCAAUAUCUGUUCCGUUUCUCUGGUCUACUAAACCGGAACCUGUUGAGAACAAAACCGGGUUGGAUCUCAAACCAGGUCGUGGUCGUUCGCUCUGGAGACUGUUUAGAGGAGAGAGUAAAAGCAAUAAGACUGCUUCGAUUAUGAGGAAGUCGAGAUCAGUCGCUGUCUCUGACGCCGGAGAACUACUAUCUCCGGCGCCUGUGACGAGUAAGGGAAGUGGUUGGUACUUUCCAAGUCCGAUCAAAGUUUUCCGACAAUCAAAAGUCAUGUUUCAACAACGAUCUCCUUUGUACAGAGGUUGAACUCUAGCUUCUUCUUUUUUUAAUCAGUUUGUGUCUUUUUUUUUUCUUUACUGCAAAAAUGCUUUUAGUUUUGUU